GACAGACUGACGCACCAGAGGGAGUUCUGUCCGCUUCCCCUCCUCCUCCAGCUUUACACAGAGAAUCGUGUACUUACUCAAUGAGCUGUGACGCGAACAUAGGGGGCGGGGUCCACAGGGCGCAUAAAUGCUCUGCUCCUGUCCGGUGUUCAGACAGAAACACGAACGGAGAGCAACAUAACUGCCUUUUUAAACACAAUCCAGGCACUCGGUAAUAAAACAUGAUCAAGAAAAUGUCUCCGUCCGACAGCGACUUUGACAUCCCGGCUAAGAACUGCUAUAGGAUGGUGAUCUUGGGCUCCACCAAAGUUGGGAAAACGGCCAUCGUGUCCCGGUUCCUGAACGGGAGAUUUGAGGAACAGUACACGCCGACCAUCGAGGACUUUCAUAGGAAAUUGUACAACAUCAAGGGGGAUGUUUACCAACUGGACAUACUAGAUACAUCAGGGAAUCACCCUUUCCCCGCCAUGAGGAGACUCUCCAUACUGACAGAUCUACGAGACCAAGUCGUGCCUGAAAAACAAAAUCAAGGAGAACAUCGAGGUGCCUCUGGUGAUCUGCGGAAACAAGGGAGAUCGAGAGUUCCACAGAGAGGUGCAGCAGGACGAGAUCGAGCAGCUGGUGGCCAGCGACGACAAGUGCGCUUACUUCGAGAUCUCGGCCAAGCGCAACGAGAACGUGGACAAGAUGUUUCAGACUCUGUUUACUUUGGCAAAGCUACCUCACGAGAUGAGCCCCGACCUGCACAGGAAGGUAUCCGUGCAGUACUGCGACAUGCUUCACAGGAAGUCGCUGAAGCACAAGAAGCUGAAGGACAUUGGGGAGGCGUACGGCGUAGUGACUCCGUGCGCGCGGAGACCCAGCGUGCACAGCGACCUUAUGUACAUUAAGGAGAAGGCCAUCGGAGGAGGCCACGGGAAAGACAAAGAGAGGUGCGUGAUCAGCUAAGGGGAGCACGAGGCGCAGACUUGAAACCCCAAACUAUCUGUUAAAAGAAGGUGCCUGGCGCGUGCAGAGCGGCCGGCUGCUCCUCUGACGUAGUGCGGAGCUUUGAAGAUGCCGCCGUUGCUGAUGCCGCGCGCUCACACGCUCCACCGUUUCCAUGGACACUGACCGGGACACCCGAGUCCGCUUUAAAACUCCACCGCCCACGAGACGUAUGAGAAUGUUAGCUUGUUCUGUCAGUCAAAGCCUAAUCUGUGAUGUGGCUUCAUACAUUGUGAGACUCGCGCGUCGAAGCGUAAAAUGUGCUUUGUUGACGUUUCAGCUUUGGACAGCUGCCAGAGACUCAAAAGGCUUAGGAGGUGCAAUGUUAGCAGAGACAAUGCUGUUUACAUUUUAUUGUAGGUUUUCUAAAGGCUAAGUACAGUUGAAUGUUUACUCUAAACUUUAUUUUUAUUGCUGAAUGUAUUAUUUAUUGUUGCUGUCGAUUUUUUUUUUUUGCAAUGAAGUAAAACAAAAAUAAAAAUAAAUCUAAUAAAAAACAUAAAGUCAAA